AAGAUUCCCAGCAUUUAAAUUGAGAAGUCUGUGAAUGCAGAACUCGAAAAUGGGUUGUGUGUCCAAGCUGAGAGUAACAUUUUUUCGUUAGCACUGCAUGUAUAAUGUCGUUGGCAAUUUGUACUUUCUUCAAUAAAACGAAUGUUUAAUAUAUAAGUAAGUGCGGUAAGUAGAGUUAGUCAUUAAGCAUCGAGUACUUGAGUGUGGAGCACAACUGGGUUCUGUGUUCGAAAACCUACCGCAAACGAAGCCGACUUGAUCCGGCGAUAACUCAACGCAUUCAAUCGGGAUUUAUUAUUAUUGCGCUUCCUGGACAACAACCACACUCCAUACAAGAACAAUACACUUUAGUAAAAACGUACACUUGAAACAUGCUAUUCUUUACCGUGGCGAGCACGUUGUGCUUUUAUCUAUCUGCAGCUUCUCAUCAGCAACCAAAGAAAACGGCCAAUGUGCUUAACAACAGUCAACAGAACAUUCACAACAUAUUAGUAUCCAUUGAGGAGAGGCUCCGGAAUUUGGAUAAUGCUCUGUAUACGGAUUCGUACGAACUGACGACAAAACCGGAACAAACGAAUAACCGGAAAUUGGAUGCAAUAGAGUCGCGGCUGGCGAGGUUCGAGGCGGUGGUUGCAGCACAAUUCGAUAAAUUCGCAGAGAACAUGAGCAACAAGGUUUUCAGCGAUGAUUUAGCGAGGGAUCAUGUCCACCGGAAAAUCGAUGGGAACUACGAUAGGAUAAAUCAUCGCCUGUUCUAUUUGGAAAUGCGUUUGGACAGUGGUGAAAAGAGAAUUUCUGAAAAAUUAGAUCUACUCUUAACAAGAUUUAAGAAUAUGGAAGAGACUUUGACGACUCGUGAAGCAGAUAUCGAAGUUGAAAUAUCAGACGUUCUUUCCGUGGUUGAUGACAUAAAGACUACAUUCACAAGUUUAGACUUCAAGAACAUUUCAAAAACGUUUAAGACGACGCAACGAUCACUGGAACGCACAUUGAAUGAGUCGAUUAAAGAGAUUAGCAAGAAAGAAAAUGCGCUGGCCGAAAGUUUCAAUGAAUACACUGACAAAGUUUCGGAAAUGUUCGAAGUAUCACAGCAAUACUCGAAAUCGAUUCAAAAUGAUUUAAAGACAUUAUCGGCAGUCGUAAAUUCAACAAGAAGCGAACAACAGAAUUCCCUGCGCAGCAUAAUAGUGCAAGUUGGAAGAUUAAGUGGAAAACCCAAUGUCCUCAGUGAUGGUCAAUCGGACAGUGAAUUAAGAAACUUAUCGGACAAACUUGAUGCAAAUUUUGAGAUGAUAAUGAUGCUACAAAAUCAAUUUUUAGAAAGCUGCCAUCGUGUACAAAUGGACGAGGCGCACAUAGAAACAAAAAUAAGCGAAAUUUUAGAGAAACUUAUUGAAACUUUUGAAAGAAAAACCUCCAUUGAACUUAAAGAUUUGAAGCUGUUGGAGCAGCUUUUAAAAGCACACGAUACUAAGGUCCAAAAUAAUCUUUACACGACUUCCCAAAUUUUAAUUCGAAAAUCAUUAGAAAACAAGGAUGAACUGAAGACAUUAUUGGGAAGCAUCAAAGUUCGCAUCGAUAAAAUAUGUUCGGACGUGGAUAAUAUCAAAAGGAAAAAAGACGUUGACUUAUCCGGUAUACAACAGAAGCUUCUCGCUUUAGAAGAGUAUUUGAAGGAAAGUACAGAAGCAUCGAAGAAUAUGGGCGCACCGGGAGUUUUAACGGAAAAAAUACUCUCGGAUAUUCAGAGUUCUAUACACCAGCUCUCGUCGUCCGCUUUGUGGCAAAGUGUUGUGAAUGAGAAGGGUUUCUUAAAUAUAGAAGACUCUUUGAGGAAUAUCACAAAUACAUUUGAAUCUGCCCAAAAUGAAGCGUUUGAAGCUUUGAAAAAUAUCGAAAAGUACUUGCUGCAAAAUAAUGAUACAAAUGUACCAACCAACAAUUAUUUGGAUGAGCAAAUUCUAAAAAUAUUUGGGUUACCGAAACCAGGAGAAUGCACCGAAUUCACCAUUAAUUCGGAGACAGGCGAAAAAAUUUGCAUGGACGAUAUCCAGGAAGAGAAUUGCUUAGAUUACGAUAUCGAUGUAAGAUCGAAUGCGAAGAAUUGCAAACCGAAGUUGCCGGAACCGGAUUGUCUCGAAUAUGAUAUAGACGUUCGGAGCAACGUAAAGAUUUGUAAAAAUAAAACUAAUGAAAGUAAUGCGAACUGCAACAAUAUGGGCAUUGAUGUUAGGACAGGUCAAAUUUGUGAUAAUUCAGAGUUGGGCAAUAUUCCGAAUAAUACCGAUGAUUGCUCAGAGGAUCCUCUCAUCGAUAUUCGAGGAGGUAAUACAAGAGCGAGGAAUUGCUCAAAUGUUAACAACAAUAUUCCGAAUAAUACCGAUGAUUGCUCAGAUGAUCCUCUCAUCGAUAUUCGAGGAGGUAAUACUAGAGCGAGAAAUUGCUCAAAUGUUAACAACACAACGGAGGAAUCUAUACUGUUCUUUACAAGAAGUAAUGUGAUCAACGAUACGAACAAUACAUUGAGCCAUGAUAAUUCAAGCGAUUCAAUGAUGCAGGCAGAUUUCGAUCAAAGUAUAAAGGUGCAAAGUCCUUGGCUAAGGAUAUUACCAAAAACCGCAAAAUCUUCAGCGCUAACGCAAGGUCAAACUUCAGCGCAAAACGGUAGUUCGAGCAUAGAAUCUAUUGCAUCAGUAAGUAGCAACGAAGACGAUGUAUUUCUACAAGAUGAGUAUUACGAAGCUGACCAUGUCACCGCUAAAUUUGAUGAGGACGACGACGAUUUUAUGAUUGAAUAAAACGUAUUUUUUUUUUAUUAAACUUUAACAUAAUUUGGAUGCAUGUUAAAUUAAA